AUGGCUUCUGCCUUAAAAUCAUACCCUCCGGGGAUCCACGCCCCUACCGUGACAUUCUUCCUUCAGGGAGAACAACAGGAGAUUGAUUGGGCGACCCAAGAAAAGCAUCUCGCGUACUUGGUCAAGGCUGGCGUACAUGGCAUUGUUGUCGCCGGCUCAAGUGGUGAAUCGUGUGCGCUUACUUUGGCCGAGAAGGGCGAGUUGGUCAAGAGGACCCGUGAGGCAGCAAAGGCAAACGGAAACCCAAAUCUCCCCAUCACCGUGGGCUGCUUAGGCGGCAGCACCAGAGACAUUCUCGAGCAGACUAUAACUGGGCACAAGAACGGCGCCGAUUUUGCCCUGGUGUUGGUACCGAGCACAUUCCACUGGUCGAUGACCAAGAAGGCCAUCGUCGACUUCUUCGAGGAUGUUGGCGACCGCUCCCCAAUCCCCAUUAUAAUCUACAACUUCCCGAAUCUGCUGUCAGGGCUGGAUGUAGACUCGGAAAUGUUGGAGAAACUUAGCGCCCACCCGAACAUCUGUGGUGUCAAAUUGACCUGCGGAAACAUCUCAAAAAUGACGAGAGUCGCAGCACUGAACCCGCCGAGUCAAUUCGCGGCUGUGUCCGGACAAAGCGACUUAAUUGUCUCUGCGUUGGCUGGUGGAGGAGCAGGUACUAUCUCAGGUGUUGUAAACCUGUUCCCAAAGGUCCUGAUUGAAAUUUAUAAUCUUUACAACGCUGGAAAGCUUUCGGAGGCGAUUGCGCUGCAGAAGAAGGUUUCCGGACCUGAAUGGGGAAUUGGAACGUCCGAUGUCAGCGGCAUGAAGUGGAUUAUCGCACAGGAGCGUGGCUAUCCGGAGUCGAGCCGUGACUGUCGCCGACCAUUCCCCAAGUUUGACGAUCCGGCGAAGAGAGAGCGUGUACAGAAGUACGUCGCGCCGCUUCUCGCGCUCGAGCAGGAGCUGUAUUUGAAAAAUUAA